UUAUAAACUAAAUAUGAAUGGAGGGAAUAAAAUUAAAAAAAUUAAUUUGAGAGAGGUGUAUGAGUAUUAGUAAAUGAUUAAAUGACCCUCUCUUGUCUCCACUCCCACUAUCAUAAAUACCUACCCCCCACCAUUUCUCCUCACCACUCAUUAAUUUCCACACCUCUGCUUUAAUUAAAUUUGUCCCCAACUCAAAGUAGAUCACAACAAUUCCUCUGUUAAUUUAAUCAAUCGCCAUGGCCAAGGAAGUCGAAGCCGCGCCGGAGAAGCCCGCCGGGUUCUCGGCAAAAGACUACCACGACCCGCCGCCGACUCCCCUGCUCGACUUGGACGAGCUCACCAAAUGGUCCUUCUACAGAGCCAUCAUCGCCGAGUUCAUCGCCACCCUUCUCUUCCUCUACGUCACCGUCCUGACCGUGAUCGGCCACAGCCACCAGACCGACGUCAACGCCGGCGGGGAAGACUGCGGCGGCGCCGGAGUCCUCGGCAUCGCGUGGGCCUUCGGGGGCAUGAUCUUCGUCCUGGUGUACUGCACGGCGGGGAUCUCCGGCGGGCACAUAAACCCGGCGGUGACGUUCGGGCUGUUCCUGGGGAGGAAGGUGUCGCUGAUAAGGGCGGUGCUGUACAUGGUGGCGCAGUGCCUGGGGGCGGUGUGUGGGGUGGGGCUGGUGAAGGCGUUCCAGAGGGCGUAUUUUGACCGGUACGGCGGAGGGGCGAAUGUGUUGGCGGCGGGGUACAAUAAGGGGACGGGUCUGGGGGCGGAGAUCAUCGGGACGUUCGUCUUGGUUUACACCGUCUUCUCCGCCACUGAUCCUAAGAGGAACGCCAGAGACUCUCAUAUCCCUGUGCUGGCCCCACUUCCGAUCGGGUUCGCGGUGUUUAUGGUCCACCUGGCCACCAUCCCCAUCACCGGCACCGGCAUCAACCCGGCGAGGAGCUUCGGCGCCGCCGUCAUUUACAACAAGGACAAAGCCUGGAAUGACCAGUGGAUCUUCUGGGUGGGCCCCUUCGUCGGAGCCGCCGCUGCGGCAAUCUACCACCAGUUCAUCCUCCGGGCCGCCGCCGUCAAGGCCCUCGGCUCCUUCAGGAGCAACGCCUGAUGAGUCCAUUCCGUCUUCUGCGAGAUUGUUACCGUACUAAUUAAAAUAUUGUUGGGUGGCCCCACGUUGAUUUUUUUCUGGUGUUUGGUUUGUAUGUAUCGAUAAGUGUUUCUCUCUCCGGAUUAUCUCUCCCCAGUCCCCACUUUCUUUUAUUUCACUUUGUGUCUCUAUUACGUAUUACCCCUUGUUUUCUUCUCUAUGGACUACAAUUUUCCUUAAUUUUUUUUGUUACUUGGGCUUAGCUUAUUAAGAAUUGGCUAAAUUUUUUUAAACUUCAAUCUAUGUUCUUUUUCUUCUUUUUUUUACACUUUUAACUAUAAAUAUGUACAUUAAAUAUAUGCAAUAAAUAGUAGAUUUAAUU